CGUGCUGUAGCCUAGCCCGCAGUGGCCUUGAGGAAACCAGACAAUUCUGAGAGGGGUCUGUCUGUCUCUCACCAAACCAACAAUACGCCCUAACCUCCAAGACCACAGCGCUCUCUCACACACGCACAUUUCUCAAUCUCACGCACGCAAACGCGUUUUCCCUUCCUCAUCCAAAGCUGUCCUGAGCCAUCGACGCUGAUCCCCCAAACGCCCGGAUGCACGCGAGAGACAUUCACAGCAACAUGGUUGUUUGAUUCGGAUGCGGAGGAACAUUCGGGACUGAGUGUCGGAAUCUCCUUGUCUCCACUGACCCACGAGAACCCACGCGGCGACCAGCACAACAGACGUUCAGGGAAAGAUAUUUUACAUUGAGAAAAGGGAACGACACGUAUUUUGGUGUCGCAUUCACCGCUGGUGAGAGUUUCUGUGUGGAGGAACCGUCUCAGUGCUGCGUUAUGGAAGCACAUCUCUGCCCCCCUCCCCUGGGCUCCUGUCUUCACGCUCAGCUCCUCCUGCUCAGUUAGCACUUAGCUUCUCCUCUUGAACUCUUAAACACCCGGAGGACACCAGCAGAGCAGGGAGCCACCCAACCAGGAAGCUCCUCCUCAAUUUCCCCCCGUUCGGUUUUCUCCACGGUCUCUUUUUCUAUUCUCUCCGGAAGUUGUCGAUCAACCAAACCUCCAAGAUGGACCUGGAGCCGUACUUGUGGAUGGUGAUCCUGGGCUUCAUCAUCGCCUUCAUCCUGGCCUUCUCCGUGGGCGCCAACGAUGUGGCCAACUCGUUUGGGACGGCGGUGGGCUCAGGGGUAGUCACCCUGCGUCAGGCCUGCGUCCUGGCCUCCAUCUUUGAGACGCUGGGCUCCAUGCUGCUGGGGGCCAAGGUGGGAGAGACCAUCAGGACGGGCAUCAUCGACGUCCAGCUGUACAACGAGACGGUGCCUGUACUCAUGGCCGGGGAGGUCAGCGCCAUGGUGGGGUCGGCCGCAUGGCAGCUUAUCGCCUCGUUCCUCAAGCUGCCGAUCUCUGGAACGCACUGCAUCGUGGGGUCCACCAUCGGCUUCUCCUUGGUGGCUAUAGGCACCAAGGGGGUUCACUGGAUGCAGCUGGUGAAGAUUGUCGCAUCGUGGUUCAUCUCCCCCCUGCUGUCUGGCCUGAUGUCUGGCCUGCUGUUCUUCCUCAUCAGGCACUUUAUCCUCAGCAAGGAGGACCCAGUCCCUAACGGUCUGCGAGCGCUGCCACUCUUCUACGCCACCACCAUCGGCAUCAACGCCUUCUCCAUCCUCUACACUGGGGCGCCACUUCUGGGCUUGGAGAUGCUCCCUAUCUGGGCCAUCUUCCUGAUCACUCUGGCAGGAGCGCUGGUGUGCGCCGCGGUCGUCUGGUUCCUGGUCUGUCCCUGGAUGAGACGCAAGAUAGCAAGUCGUCUGAAGAAGGAGCAGGCCCUGGCCCUGUCCAGGAUCUCAGACGAGAGCUUGGACAAGAUCCCAGAGGAGGAGGAGGAGGCUCCUGUCUUCAAGGAGCUUCCGGGGGCCGGGGGCCCAGACGAGGCGGUGGUCCCCCUCACCUCCCGGGCCUCCCCAGACUCCAGCGGGGAGCUGAGCAGCCAGGCUAACGGAGCCUGCGUCCUGCCCAACGGCAGGUUCUACGGUCGGACCCACUCCAUGACUAACGGCUGUCUGAAGUCUCCGGUCGCCAACGGCAGCUUCACCUUCGACGGGCACAUGCGGAGCGACGGCCAGGUGUACCACACGGUGCACAAGGACUCGGGCCUCUACAAGGACCUGCUGCACAAGAUCCACCUGGGUCGUCUGGACGAUGACCGCUCCACCCCCGCCCCCGACAACAACUACCGCGUCCUGCGCCGUAACAACAGCUACACCUGCUACACCGCCGCCAUCUGCGGCAUGCCGGUGCAGCCGCUGGUCCGCUCGGAGUCUCGGGAGGCACGGGAGGACAGUGAGAAGCUGGUGGGGGAGGCGGGGCGCGAGAGGGGCAGCAGCGUGUCAUACACUAAGAAGCGCGUGCGCUAUGACAGCUACUCGUCCUACUGCAACGCGGUGGCAGAGGCUGAGAUCGAGGCGGAGGAGGGCGGCGUGGAGGUCAAGCUGGCCGGGGAGGAGGGAGGUGAAGAGGGGGCUGCCCCGGGGACCCUGGACGUGUGUGUGGAGGAGGAGAAGGAGGAGAAGGAUAAGGCAGAGGUGUUCCUCCUCUUCCACUUCCUACAGAUCCUCACAGCCUGCUUCGGCUCCUUCGCUCACGGAGGAAACGACGUCAGUAACGCCAUCGGCCCCCUGGUGGCACUGUGGAUGAUCUACGACCAGGGGGGCGUGAUGCAGGACGCGGCUACGCCCAUCUGGCUGCUGUUCUAUGGAGGCGUGGGGAUCUGUGCGGGGCUCUGGGUGUGGGGCCGCCGCGUCAUCCAGACCAUGGGCAAGGACCUCACCCCCAUCACCCCCUCCAGUGGGUUCACUAUAGAGCUGGCCUCUGCUCUCACUGUGGUACUCGCUUCCAAUGUGGGAAUUCCCGUCAGUACCACCCACUGCAAGGUGGGCUCCGUGGUGGCUGUGGGAUGGAUCCGUUCCCAGAGGGCUGUGGACUGGAGGCUGUUCAGGAACAUCUUCCUGGCCUGGUUCGUCACCGUGCCGCUGGCAGGCCUGUUCAGUGCCGCUGUCAUGGCCCUGUUCGUGUACGGCAUCUUGCCCUUCGUCUGAGAGAGAGAGACGGAGGGAGGGAGGGGCUCAGGCAGGGGGGAGCAGAGGAGGGAAGGUGGAGCGUAGGGA